AUGACGUCGACUGGUGGCGGAAUGGGCCACGUCAACAACAUGGGCGGUCUGGCUGCCUGCGCAGGACCCGACGCGAAGCCCAUGCAGUUUCCUUUAGCCCAGAGACGGAAACGGAGAGUACUUUUCACACAAGCACAGGUUUACGAGUUAGAGAGGCGGUUUAAGCAGCAGAAAUACCUGUCAGCACCAGAAAGGGAGCACCUAGCGUCACUUAUUCACCUCACACCGACCCAGGUCAAAAUCUGGUUUCAAAAUCACCGCUACAAAUGUAAGCGGCAGGCGAAGGAGAAGGCUAUGGCUGAACAAAAUCAACAUAAUCAGUCAUCAUCAUCGCCGCGGCGAGUUGCCGUCCCCGUCCUGGUGAAGGACGGGAAACCUUGCGGGUCUGGUGAAUCCUCGUCCCCCGCGCACAGCCACUGUGCCACCCCGACCUCUGGAUAUUCAGCGCCCCAACCCUCACAGGCCGCUUGUAGCAACCCCCUUGUGUCCUCAUAUCGGCAGCCCACAGCGUAUCAACAGCAGUGCUCAGGUUACUUACCUCUGCAGGGCAGGGCCUGGUAG